UCUUGUGGUACAGUUGUUUGUUUUAACCGCUUACAGCAGCAGGCUUUGAAAAUGGAGAGUUACGACGCGGAUACGGAGAGGGACGAGGUGCAGACACCGCUGCUUCAUGGAGGAAAUGAAGACAAAGUCCACGCCGCACCAUCAUGCUGUUCUUCACGCUACAGCCUGGCGUUCCUCUCCUGUUAUGGCUUCUUUGUGGUCUACGCAUUGCGGGUCAACCUCAGCGUGGCCAUGGUGGACAUGUUGAACAGCUCCCACCAAAUUGACAAUAACCACAGCAGCUCAGUGUGUCCUGCUCGUGGAAGUCCUCCACAGUCCAUAAACAACCACGCGGCCAGUGUGUACAACUGGGACAUUCAGACACAGGGCUGGAUCCUGGGCUCCUUCUUUUAUGGCUACAUCUUCACCCAGAUCCCCGGGGGAUACAUGGCCAGGCGCUUUGGACCCAAGUGGCUGAUGGGCUUCGGAGUCCUGGGAACUGCUGUUUUCACGCUGCUCACCCCUGUGGCUGCUGACCUGGGCGCUGGCUACCUCAUUGUCGUCCGAGUGAUAGAAGGGAUUGGAGAGGGAGUCACAUUCCCUGCAAUGUUUACUAUGUGGGCCGCAUGGGCACCGCCGCUGGAGAGAAGCCGACUUCUCACCAUUUCCUUCAUGGGAUCUCAGCUGGGAACGGUCAUAUCACUUCCUGUGUCUGGUGUUAUCUGCUUCUACCUGAGCUGGCCCUACGUGUUCUAUCUCUUUGGUGCUGUCGGGGUGCUCUGGUUCUUCUUAUGGGCCUGUCUGAUCUAUGACACUCCAAACAGCCACCCGCGGAUCUCAGAGCAAGAGAGAGUCUACAUCAACACCUCCCUAAAAAAUGAGCUCUCCAGCUCAGACGGUCACGUCCCGUGGCGAGCCAUAGCAACAUCCAUGCCACUGUGGGCCAUCGUGGCGGCUCACUUCUCCUACAACUGGACCUUCUACACUCUCCUCACCCUGCUGCCAACCUACAUGAAUGAAAUACUGGGCUUCAGCAUAAAGCAGAAUGGUGUCCUGUCAGCGCUGCCUUACCUGGGCUGUGCGGUGAUGGCCGUGAUAAGUGGACAGGUGGCUGAUUACCUGAGAGAAAAAUGGCUUUACCCCACCGUCACCGUCAGAAAGGCCAUCACCCUCAUUGGUAUGGUCGGGCCGGCGGUGUUCCUGGUGGCAACGGGAUACACAGGCUGUAACUACGUUGCAGCUUUGGCCUUCCUCACCAUCUCCUCCUCACUGGGCGGAGUUUCAUCCUCUGGAUUCAGCAUCAACCACCUUGAUAUCGCCCCCUCGUAUGCUGGAAUACUGCUGGGCAUCACAAACACCUUUGCGACCAUUCCAGGCAUGGUGGGACCUGUCAUCGCAAGUGCCCUGACCGCAGAUAAAACGAUACCAGAAUGGCAGAUUGUCUUCUACAUUGCUGCUGCCAUCAACCUGUGUGGAGCAACAAUUUUCACCUUGUUUGGACAAGGGAACGUACAACAGUGGGCCAUCCUGAAGCUGUAGACAAGAACUCAACUCAACUCAUCACACCUGAAGAAUAUUCGUUACCUUCGGCUGGACCAGCAGCUGUUUCCUUGGACACAAAAUCAUCUCAGAUGAGCAAAACAAUUGCACAACAAGUGAGGGAAGCUGAUUCUGUAAGAGGGAAUAUAGCCAAAAUUAAGAAGUGAAAUUGUACAUUAUAGUCACUGUUUAGCUCAUGGUGGGAGUUCAGGUUCGCCAGCUCGCUUUACUCGCCGGAUACAUUUCUUUUGAUUUGUAAUGGUUUUUAUGUUUUUAUAUCUCAGCUAAAGUCUCUUGAUUUUAUGUAAUCUUAUUUUUUUUAAUGUCUGCAUUGUUUUUUUAUACCUUAAAGGAAGAUUUUCUUUCUUUAACAGCUGAUACCGACGUUGUUCGGGUUUACUCGAAAAGCCACAAACUAGACAUUUUUUUUUUAUUUGGGGAAAUGCCUCAUUGUAGCUUUUUAAAGGGACCUGUAUGUAAUUAAUUGUAUGCAAGGGGCUUUCUAGGGGGGCAGCAUGGUAGAUUAGUGGUGAGUGGUGUUACCUCACAGCAAGAAGGUUAUGGGAUCGCGUCCCUUGUGGGCCUUUCUGUGUGGAAUUUGCAUCUUCCCCCCAUGUUUGUGUGGGUUCCCUCCGGGUGCUCCGGCUUCCUCCCCCUUCCAAAGACAUGCCAGUUAGGUGGAGUGGAAACUUUUAAAUUGACUGCAGGUCAAUUUAAAAGUUCACACCUCUCACCCCAUGACUGCUGGGAUGGAGUCCAGCCCCGCCAUGACCCUUGAUUGGAGUAGGCUGGUAUGGGGAUGGAUGGGUUGUCUUGGGGAGAAAAAAGAAGAGUAUGACGGCUGUAUUGAUGGUGAGGGACUGACAUUUUGAGAUGAAAAUGGUGCAUUCUGAGGGUACCUGAGGGCCAGAAUUAUUAUUUCUUAUGUUCCUCCUCAGAGGUGAGACAGUAACUUUAAAAAGUAAAGAUUGCACUUUUCCAAGGUCUCCUUUGACCUUCUUUGAUAAAAAUGUACUUUAGAAGACAGCGAGAGUCUUGCUCUGCGUCAGCUGAUCCUGUAAGAAUCAGCUGUGUGGAAAUCUUGCAGGAAUAUGUUAAGAUGCAGAACAACACCAGGUGAUCCCAGAUGGUGACACAGUCUGAUGAACACCACCGUGCCAUCGGAGCUACGUGAAAUCAAAGCACUAUAAGCUGUAUGGCUUUUGGCCAUGAUUUUUUGGAGUUUUGGGGUAAUUACGUUGUUUCUGUCAACCAGGGGCAUUGUUUUAGCAUGUUAUGACUGACAUCUAUGGAUAAAUUUGCAUUUGGAUAAGAAACCACAUGUCUCAAGUAUGAGGGUGCAGCGCCCUGUUCCCUGGUUUUAUUAAACCUGUGGUAGAGUUAAGGGAAUUUCUUUGCUUGUGUUUUUGUACAACAUCUACAGUCUUCAGGUUGUGUCCUACUCACCUCUACAGACGAGUUAGUCAUGAUGCACAUUAGUCUUCAUUGGUGGAUUAAAAAAAUAAUUUCUUUAGAGCCACAGUACCUGUCCAUAAAAUAAAAAUGGUUUCGGUAUGCAACAUGAGCACUUAAUAUGUACAGCUGCAGGUUUAUGGUAUUGUUUACAGAAUGUGCAUGUGUGAUGGUUAACGGUGCAUCUUCUGUACACCACAAAUUCAACUAGGGCAACUAGGUAGAUCUUAGUCCAAUUCAAAUGUCCACCAGUGCACCACCUCAUAGAUGUUGAAGCACGUUCCCCCUGAGUGUGUGAGGGUUCAGGGCUGUCCCAAUCAGCAAGUGUACAAGGACCCUCACGCCAGCACUUCCUUAAACCAGUGUUUUUGUGGACUUUACCAAACCUCACAUCGUUGUGAUGCUAAACACCUGGGGAAGCCUGGAAAUAUAAAAACAGUAAUGUAUACAUAAUAUUUCAACUCAAUACAAAUUAAUAUUUGAACCAGACACUGCAAGUGUCCUUGCACUCAGUCACUUUCCAGGUGAUGCAUUUUAAAUCUGUGAGGGUCAGAGGUCAGGACUGAGGUGUGGACACUGGGAUUGGGCCAUAGAGAUGUUAAAGAAACCAAAGGGAAGCAUUUUGGGCCAUUUUUCCUUGUACACAUUUCUGAUGCUGCUAGAGUUUGUUGAGAGUAAAGAUGCCAACUAAAAUUUGCCCUAAUCAUCACUGUAUCAUCUAUAGAUGAUGCAAACAUUUUACAAUCCUUCAUUAAAAAAUAUUUGGAAUCUUCACACAGAGGAUGUUCAACCUGCUUUCUUAUUUUAUAAACAAAUUACAGUUACUGUAUAACAAAGGUGGAGGUAAUAAGUACUUUAUAUAAUAUGUUGCCUUCCAGAGCCAUAAAAUUAAAAAAAAAUUGGAAUCGCUGUCCCUUGUACCUGCAACAAAUGCUGGCAGGUAUCUAAAAAUACUAAUUAGUGUACUGUUAACGCUUACAGACCUCAACGAGCUGUCUGACUUGGUGAAUUGAAAGGAAACACUGCCAUUUUUCUUGUAGUCAUGGAUGGACAUAUAUAUGUGAGUGUGUGUCCUUUGUCAGUGUUUUUAGUGUUUUAUUUCAAUGUUUUUGUUUGACUUACAUGGAUGUUUGAGAUGUUUGUCCUGUUUUACUGCAAACAAAUCUACCUUCAGGUAAAUGGUAAAUGGACUGCAUUUAUAUAGCGCUUUUCCAUCUGCAUCAGACGCUCAAAGCGCUUUACAAUUAUGCCUCACAUUCACCCCAAUGUCCGGGUGCUGCCAUACAAGGCACUCACUACACACCGGGAGCAAUGUAGUGAUUUUCCAGUCAGGCGGGGAUUUGAACCCAUGAUCUUCUGGACUCAAGCCCAACACAUUAACCACUAGACCAUCGCCUCCCCUUACAAAUAAAGUCACUUGAACCCGAUAUACCCCAGUUUGCAGGGCCUUUAAUUACGGUAAAUCUUGUUAUUGUAAUGAAUGUCAUAUUGUUUUCCACAUCAGUUAGAGGAAAAUAAUUAGAGAAUCACCCAAAAGUAAACUUUGCUGCUGUUUCCUGUGAAUCAAACUACACCAGUUAGCAGAUUUCAGUGAAUCUUCAUAUAAUGGGAAAAUAUUAUAGACAUCUUCAAUGGGAGAUAAUUGGAUUGAUCUCAGAUCUUAAGUUUGAGGUGGUUUCACAAAGUCAAAAUGUUGAGCUGUUAGACAUUUAUCAUAUCUGUGGUUUGUUUGCUAAGAAGUAAAAGAUUUGAGGUAAACGUCCUCUAGCUGUGGCUGAUUUCAUGUUUGUUUGUUUUGUUUUUUAUUUGCCAGAAGUUGUAUCGGAGCCAACCAGUGUCAUGAUGCACAUUUAUAAAUCUUGCUUGAUUAGAAACAUAAGCAAUUAAUAUUGCUGUUAAAUGUCAAAUAAAUAGUGUUAUAAUCGAUAUUAACAGUGUACACAGAAUUAGCACUUUGUGCCGAUUCUCAGGUAUCUCAUUGGCUGAAAAGAAUGUUUUGCAUUUUACUUGUUUACUGAUCUUGAUAUUGAUUAAAGUUUAUAUCAAAUAGAAACUAGAUUGUAAGUUUUCCAACUAGAGCUGCAAACUAAUAAUUAUUUUCAUAAUUGAUGAGUAAAUGUCCAUAAAAUAUCAGAAAACAAUGAAAACAAUUACCAAUUGAUGAUCAAAACAGUUGUAGAUUGAUUUUUGACUGUUAUUGAAAUGUUGCUGCUCUGUUUGGAACAGGGUGGUAAACAUUGCAUUUCAGUGUUUGAUUGUAUCGGAUCUUAAAAAUGGUUUCUGUCCCUUAAACAUAAACAGCAGGUUCCAUCAUCAUUGAUGAUGUGACGCACACGUGCCUUAUGACAUCAUCAAAACAAUCUCGCUCUGAGAGGAAGCGUGUAAACUAUUCCUCGUUGUUGUUGGUGUCUACGUGCUAAUUGAUGAUAGCUCAAUUAUUUUGUGUUAUACAGAAUAUAAAAGGACCCUUUUAUAUUGCGCCUGUUUUCUUUUGUUGCUCAAAUCAUUGUGUACUGUACAUAUUGCCUUUUCAUUUAUGUUGUCUUCUUUCAUUAAAACUGUCAGGUUUCCAAUGAAGUAAACAGUCACUGUGCAUUAAAGCA